AUGUUCAAGACGAGCAAAUUUAGAAAGAAAUCCAUGUUAGAAAGUACAUUAACAAAUAGAGAAGAACUUCAGGAUCUGCUGCAAUCAACGAAACGACCUGACAAUGAAUAUAUUUUAUCACUUUCAAGAGGAGGACUGUGGACUCCAUGUGACGAUUUAAUUGCUAUUGGGUUUGAAAUAGAGAAAAUAUUUCGAUAUAAAACUGUUGCUCGUGAUGUUACAAAACCUAUUCCAAUUUCAGAAUUACGGACUAAUAUACUAGAAAAUCCAAAAGUGAAGAGCCUUUGGAGCAAUAUCAUACAAGAAUGCCCUUACUACUUGAUAUCUUACGAUUGUUCGAAAGUUUGCCUUGAGAACAUAACCUUUUUAUAUUUAAAAAUUAGAGCAUUCUCCUUUUCGAGAGAUUUAAUUAAUAAAUAUAGAAAACAAAACAGUUCAAAUAGCAAGAAGGCCUUAAGGAAAACUCUACAACAGAAAUCAGAGGUCAAUCCUGAAUAG